GCAAACUGCAUGGCGCUGACUACGCCAGGUACAGUAUCGUCAGCCAUCGAAUCUCAUUAACUUUCCAUCGCGCUGCUCACCCUCUUUCGUUUCUUACCAUGAGCUUCGUCCUUAGCCGAUUCAGCAGAUUCACGCCAGUGCAGAACAACAGACAGCUACUACAGUUCACCUCGCGACAUCGACAGAGACAGAUAAUACAGCAAUCCAGAAGAUUCAAAUCGACAGAAGCCAUGGCGACAGUCGCCAUCUCCGCGCCCUCGCGACCUUCGCCGCAGCCCGCCGAUGCGAGUCUGAAGAAACAUCAUAAUAAGAAGGGGAAAGGGUUCCUCAACCCAUGGGAUUCAUGGGAAGAUAUGAAUAUGUGGGCGAUAUUUAAAUGGGGUGUAUUAGGAGGUCUCACGGGCGAGAGGAAGACAGUCGACACCACACCACCUACGGUCCCAGUCCAUAAACCCACUUUCCUCCCCUCACGGGACACACAGAACCUCCGCGCGACGUGGCUGGGACACGCGUGCUAUUAUGUGGAGUUCGCAGGAGGACUUCGCGUUCUGUUUGAUCCAGUUUUCACGCAGAGGUGCUCGCCAUUUAGUUUCAUGGGGCCGAAGCGGUAUACGGACAUGCCGUGCCAGAUUGAGGAUAUUCCAUACAUUGAUGUGGUGGUGAUCAGUCAUUGCCACUAUGAUCAUUUGUCGUAUCCCACGCUGCAAAAGAUUGCGGAGAAGCAUCGAGAUGUGCAGUUCUUCGUGCCAUUGGGAAACGCGCCUUGGUUUGAGAGGUGCGGGUUCAAGAAUGUGACUGAGCUGGACUGGUGGGAGGAGAGAGAGGUGAAGAUUACCCCAAAUGUGGCCGGGGAACCCAAUCGUGCGAGGGAAAUGGAGGCGGUGAUUUCUUGCUUGCCGUGUCAGCACAUGUCAGCCAGGACAGCGUUUGACAAGGCGCAUACACUCUGGGCUUCCUGGUCUGUGGAGUCGGGCGGCAAGAAAGUUUGGUUCGGCGGUGAUACUGGAUAUCGUGCCGUGCCUCGAUCGGCGAAGGACGAGUUCGAUUAUGGCGAGAAGUAUGCCCAUCUUCCUCACUGCCCGGCGUUCAAGGAGAUCGGCGAGCAUCGGGGACCAUUCGACCUGGGCCUGAUUCCGAUUGGAGCUUACGACCCGCGAUGGAUCAUGUCGCCUGUGCACGCCAACCCAUAUGAUGCCGUAAACAUCUUUGUGGAUACCAAGUGCAAGCAGGCCAUGGGAAUUCAUUGGGGCACUUGGGUUUUGACUGAAGAAGCAGUGCUGGAUCCUCCCAAGGUUCUCAAAGAAGCCUUGAAAUGGAAAGGUCUGGAGCAAGAUGUCUUUGAAACCUGUGACAUUGGCAUUUCCAGGGAGUUCUAAGGUCUGGUCGCUUCAAAGGGUUGCAAGUUUCGAGCGGUAGCCUACUGCUCAUGCGGCCGAGCGAGUUUCAAGCGAGCGUACUCCAGGCUUCUUCGAUCAUACACGAGAUGACUCCAGCUGAAGCACCAGCGCCAAAGUCUCGCCCAUCCAUGUUGUCCGCAGGCCGCCCGAGCUUCUUCAUGAGGGUGCGGCUUACUUUCACUAGAUGCGCCGAGUCGUCUGUGAAUCUCCUGUCAGUCUUGAUUGACCACGUAGGGUCCCAGGAGCUACGCACCUUCCCGUUCACGCACAUUGCGGUGCAGAGUGCUUUCUGCCUCGACAAUGCAAAGGUCACGAUACCUCAGGAUUCUUGGCUCUUGUGCGAAGCGGACCCGAGGGGACUCGAUGCAAGUUAACAAUGGCCAGGUCAUUCUCCGACGCGGCAAUUGCGGAGCAUCAUUUGUCGACACCCUUCUUCUGAGACCGGCUUUAUCGUAUGGAGGGAAGUGAUAGAAAUCCAUGGCGCAUCACCACUAACUGAAGUUGUUGUUUCAUAUGAUGGGCGAGGCGAUGGUGUCCGGUGAGCUGAACAGCUUGCUCUGCUACGCCAACACUGUGCUGCCAUUGUGAUCAUUCACAUGUGGGAGUGUCUCGCGAUGCUACGCACACGUGCUGCCCGAUCCCAUGUGCUUGUGCCAUCGAGGACCUGAUCCGCUACCAAGCAUGUUCACUUGUGGUCACAUGAAGUCGACGAACCCAUUGGCGAGGUUGCAUACUUGCGUGGUGCCUUCAGCGGCGCUGGAGCACAGAGAUACUUCAGCUCACCGGUGGUCGAAGGCGCUCGACUUUGAAGCACAACAUAUCUGCAACCUUAUACUCUUGCUCCUUCGGUAUCUGAUUGUCAUGCUGGAAGUCGCCAAGUCAAAGUAGUAUAGUCCUAGCAUACCCAUGUACCAAGCUUGGGAUCUCCAAGCCAAGUUCUCGUACCUCCAUAGCCC